UUUUAUGUGAUCCCCCGUCUCCCGGUUAUCCGCCGGCCGAACCUAAACCCCCAAAACCCUAAACGCACGUCCUCCAUUAUUACCUCUCCGGCGGCGGUGCGCUAUGCGUUUCCUCCCAUCAACAUACACUGCAGGCACCUUAUCUCUCUUCCUUCGGUAUCGUCGGUUCCUUUCUUUCACCACCACCACCACCUCAUUCUCCUCUCGAAAGCUCAAAAACCUCCAUUACCGCAACCGCACUCGAGCCCUAACCGAAGCCAAGCUCGCACUCACCGAAUACCUUCACGCCACUCGCGCUCUUCCCUUUACUCUUGCCGACCACAUUGCUUCCAACUCUCCCAUCUCUCUCUCUACUUUCGUCUCCCAAAUUCCUUUCAACAAAGCGAUUCCCUCCGACUUCCCUCGCAUCAUUCGCAGCUUCUUCGCUUACCGUCCCGUCAACGAGUUCGACUUCUUCUACGAGAGCAUCGGACUUGCUCCCUCCCACCCUUCGCUCCCUUCUGGUACUCCACUCUUCCUUUCCGACGACGCGCGACUUCUUGCCACUGUUUCGUCUCUGCUCCGGUUUGGCUUCCCAUGGACUCUCCUCGGCUUGCUUUACCUUAAUUCCCCGUCUAUUUUCUCUUCUCCGCCAGGCCAUCUUCUCAAUCGGCUUCAGCGGUUUGAGGCCCUGGGAUUCACUCGCGUUUCCGUGAUCGCCAUUUGCCUUGCUUUUCCGUCGACUCUUUCGGCGGUGGAGGAAGAUGUGGAGAUCGAACGACUCUUUCGCGACCUUAAAGUUGUGUUUGUCGACUAUGGCCUUGACGGCUGCGCUGGAGAUGAUGUGGAGCUGCUCCUUCGCUUCUGCAGGAGAAUUCGCAUAUUUUAUGAUAUGUGUUCAUGGAAGGAGGGUAUGGGGGAGCUCAUGGGCCGGAGCAAGAGGAUAUUUGUGGAGAUAGAGGAGUCCGGCCUUACUCAAAAGUUAGGAUUUUUUUUGAAAUUGGGCAUGAGAAAGGAUGAGGUAGGAGCUUUUACUCUGAAGAAUGUAGAAGUUUUUGAUUUUGAUCUGGAAAAUCCAGAGAUUUUGAUUCCAGAUUACCUCAUGCGCGUUGGAUUGUGCAAAGAGGAAGUCGAUUCUCUCACGAAGAGGCAUCCCUAUGUAUUGGGGAAGAACAAAUUAGGGAACUUGCCGGGAAUAUUGAGAACUUUGGACCUCGAUAAGUGGUUUUGCACCAAAAUUGUUGAUGAGAAGAAUAUAAGUUUCCUUUCCCCUUCAUAUGCUAAUGUUGAUUCCUGUGAUAACGAAUUGGAGGCUGAGUUCGUGCAAGAUUUAAAGAGGAUAAAAUUGGUAAAACAACACCAGUUUGUUGAAGUAAAAGUGGAGUUUUUUCUUAGUAUUGGAUUUGGGAAAAAUAAGAUGACAAGUAAAGCCAUUGGGCUGGUUAGUGGCAACAAGGAGCUGCUGCAGAAGCGGUUUGAUUGCCUUAUUGGGAUGGGAAUUAAGUAUGAUAUGCUUUGUAGAAUUAUAAUCGCUGCACCAAAAAUACUUAACCAGUGUGAAAACAUGUUGCGAAAGAAGGUGAACUAUCUCUGCCAGGACUUGGGCUACCCUAUAGAGUAUCUUAAUAGUUUUCCCUCAUUCUUAUGUUUUGAUCUAGAGAAGAGGAUAAAACCCAGAUAUAAGAUCUUAAAUUGGCUUAGAGAUAAUGGAGUUGUGAAAAAGCCUUUUGCCCCUGCCACUGUUCUUGCCAACUCGGAGAAAAGGUUUAUUUUUAACCUUUCAUGCAUUCAUCCAGCAGCUCCCAAGCAAUGGUUGGAAUGUUUUUCCUCUCAUAAGGACUGCAAUGCUGAUAAAGAGACCUGUUAGAUUAUCAAAAUCAUUUUUUGUUUUCUUCAGAACAAUUAAGGGUUAUCAAUUGUUUCAGAAGAGAUGGUAUGCUGAUCAUGGAUCCUAUAGAAUGGUGGGAGUUUGUCUUUAUACUUUUAUUCUCAUUGUGA